CUGUUAACCUGUAUCAGGACACACUAAAAGUGAGACGCACAGUCCAGACAGAGUCCGCCUGAGAUCAACUGUACCACUUCAACAUGCCUAAGUGCCCGAGAUGCGACAAAGAAGUCUACUUUGCGGAGAGAGUGAGCUCGCUGGGGAAGGACUGGCACAAGCCAUGUUUGAAGUGUGAAAAAUGCAAAAGGACUUUGACGCCUGGAUCCCACUCGGAGCAUGACGGGAAGCCAUACUGUACAAAACCCUGCCAUGCAUCCCUGUUUGGGGCAAAAGGCCCAGGCAACGAAGGAUUUAACAACAGAAGAUAAACAUAGGGAGCAAGCACUGAACAAUUCCUGCCAAUAAAACACAUAAGAAAAAGAGAGGACGCUCUCUAUAUAGUUCACUUUUUUGUGUUAUCUUGUAUUUUGCAUAUUUUUCUAGCUAGUAUGGCAUGCUCAUAACAAUAAAAGCAUGAUGCUGAUUAUUACCUUUCAAUAAAUAUAAGCUGAACCACUCA